UAGACAGGACCCCAGUCUAGUAUCAACACAGAAAAUAACUUUUCGUGUAUCGUAUCGUCGCAUGAGAACUCACUGUGCACCAUAUAUUUAAGGUAUUCCAAGUUGUGAUCAAAAGGAUAUCAUUUGUGGCAAUUAUUCCGGGACAUGCAAGCUACGGAAAGCAACGAGACGCGGCGAUCGCUGAUGGAUCUCCAUGGAGACCGUUGCUACUUCCGUUAUUCACAAACGACGCCAUUUUGGUUGUUGCUGCUGCACUUUGUUUCCACGUCUGUGUUUGCAUUUUGCUCAUUAUCCCGCACGUAUCGCACGUUCUUCACGAUGUAUGCCACUGUUGCUUUGGUUUAUCAUCAAGCUCAGGACGAUCUCCACAGGUUUAGGACCUACCAGGCCCCCGUCUCCCAAACGACUCUUCCUGUCCCUGAUCCUCGCCCCAGUGUCUUCACGAUCACCGUCAACCCCCUCUCAUCCCAGCCCGAACCCCAGACCUCCCUCCCCGUCCCUGCCCUCAGAGCCCGCCCUCAAGUUGUGGAGAUAGAUCUUGGUGAAGAAUCCAAGCAGCCCCAGUCAUGCUCGGCCGUCCUUGUGUCCUGUGUGAAAUACAUUUUCCAGAGUUUCUUCACGGAGAGAUAGACUUUGGAGUUGUUUGCUGUGCUAAUGUUGUGUGAACUACUAGUUUUAGGAACUUUUGGA